GUUCAUUAGCUCCGUCUCUCUUUUACUCUCGUACUCACGUUCCGGCACGUUGCUCUCGUCUCGUUCUCCCAACUAACCACUACUGCAAGAUAUUUACUACAAGCAUUGAAUUGUGGAGUAAAAGUUGUACAGUAUCUUAUAUGGAUGGAUGGACCAGGUACCAUAACAUGGGAAGAAUUUUUCGAGAAUGCGAAAAGUUUUGCCCGAGUUUCAGAUGAAAUUUUCGACAGUUGGGAACUACGUGGUGACAAGGAUGUACCUGCUCAGGCUUAUUUAGUUCGCCGGGUCAAAACCUUUGUAUCAAGGGACUAUUUAGAUUGUAAGGAUAAUGUGGAAUUUAAAAAAAAUUUAAUUAAAAAUAAUGAAGAUGAUGAUGAUGAUGAUGAUGGAGAUAUAUAUGAUGAUCCUUUUGAAGCUAAAAACAAUUUAGAUGUACCAUUUAUUACGGAGCAUCAUGUACUUUGGUCCUUAAGUUACAGCGUACCGAUAUUAUUCUUCAAUGGUUGGAUAUCUGAUUUUCCUGGAGUAAAUCCUGUAAGUGUUGAGCUCGCACAAAAGCUUGUACGUGACAAUGACACGAGUCUAGGAUAUAACGAGUUAUCGCAAGCGAUUCAUCCGAUCCUUGGUACGACAUUCCUCCAGCUUCAUCCCUGUAUGUCCAAAGAAUUAAUUCAGAGCACAUCAAAAAGUAAAAAUAAAUUGGUAAGCUGGCUCAGCGCUGUUUCACCUGCUGCAUUAAAUUUAAAAAUUAAAAAUGAAUAUUUCAAGUUGACAAAUCCCGACUGACUUUUAAUUACUAAGAUAAAUUUUAUUUAAUAUUUAUUAUAAAUAAUUUAUUUCAGUGAUGGAAAAAUAAAUUUCUGUUACUGAUAAAUAA